AUGUUAUAAUUAAGUUAGUUGUACUAAUAUCAGGAGAAGUAUCAAUAACCUGGAUAGUUAAGUUAGCAUAAAAGAUUUGAGUCUCAACCACUUCAUUUAAUCUCUCCAGUAAAAAGCCUUCAGUAAGGUUAAUAAGUGCAAGAACUAAAACGAAUUAGAGAGAAACUGGAAUAUUAUAAUGAAGGUAAUCGAAAAAAGCCUUUUGAACAAGUAAUUGAAGAGAUGGAUUUCAAAUACAAAAAUCAACCUAUUCAUUUAGAUCCUACCUAAACUACUUUAAAUGAAAUUGAUAGAUUACAUAAUGAUUAUUUGAAUUCAGGUAUGAGAGAUCCAAUUUAUUUAAACAGCCUUCAAAAAUUAAGACAUGAUUUUCUGAAAUAAUCACAACCAAUAGGAUAUUAUGUACGUGCACCUAUUCAAUAAAGUUAUAAUUCCUCUUAUAAGAAUCAUCCAAUUUAUGAUUACUUACCUGCAAGUUUUAAGAAAGAAUUGAAUUAAUAGAAUUCAUUACCCAUAUUGUAACACAAUAGAUAAAAGACAGAUUUUUCAGGAAGUAUAAAUGAAUAGAUGUUAAGUUAUAUGAGAAAUGAAGAGAAUGAAGCAGUUAGACAAUUAUCUAUGGAUAGAUUAUCUAAUAUUUAAAUGAUUAAAACUUCUAUUGAAAAUGAAGUUGUAAAGGAACGAAUUAAUAAAAUGGCUUAAGAAAUGACAAUGAAAAGAUAAAGAGGAUUUGAAUAAUCUGAAGAUGUUGCUGUUCCUUAUAGUUAGUUAGAAGGACUCUCUAUUAAAUGGGAUAUCAUUUCAAAAUUACCAAUUUAAUACAUUAAAGCCAGAAUAUCUUUUGGAAUAUUUAAAUAAUCAGAAGAAUAUCAUGCUUAUAAAUUAACAAGUGAUUGCUUUACUUAAGCAGAAACUUUUAGAACAAAUAAGUGUAUAUUCAAUUAAAUAGAAUAAAUGAGAGAUAUUUAAGCAGAUGAUAAAACAAUACUUUAUAUUGAAUUAUGGGUAUUUGAAAGUGAUGGUACUUUAUCAAUGUUAGGUUGGAGUAUUUUUAAAUUAUUUGAUAGAAUUGGAUCAUUAUAUAUAGGUAAAUUUAAAUUGCCAUUUUAUUAACAAUAACAUAAACCACGUGAUCUUUUGGAAUAAAAUAAACAAUAUCCUUAUUAUGGAAAUUUAUGUUUAUACUUUAGAAUAAUGUAGUAACCUUAACAUAUAGAUGAAAUAAUUUUUGUUGAAAGUGAUUAUCAUAUUCCAUAUUAUCAUAUUCAUAGAGAAUCUAAAAUUAUAAGAUCAGAAGUGAAUGAUAAGGCUAAAUUACCAAAAGAUUUAGCUCAAGUAUUUGCUUAUGAUAAACCUUUAAGAGAGAGAGAACCUUAAUUAUUUGGAGAUCCACCAUUAUCACCUAAUAAAAAGAAAAGUACAAUUAAACCUAAUUUUUAAAUAACAGAUGAGGAAUAUUUUGGUGAUGAAAAGUAAAAGGAAUCACCAACUACAAGUAUUUAAUAAAAACAUUAAGUGAAAAGUCGAUUCAGUAGGAAAAUAGAUAAUAUGGAACAUUUACCAACUUAAGAGAAAAAUAGUUAAUAAUCUAGUGAUGCUAUAAUUAGACUGGGAUCUCUAAAACCUUAAGAUAAUUUAUCAUAAAGGGGAUCCAAUAAAAACAUUAGAAUUUAAUUAAUUCAAGAAGAUUAAGUUGAAAGUAAAAGAAAUAUAGAAGUAAAAGAGUAAACAAGAAGAGUUAAUGGAGAUAAUACAAUUAGAGGAGGUGAUAAAACUGUAAGAGGAGAUAGAACUAAUAGAGCAGGAGGUUAAACAAAUAGACAUCUUAUAUAAUUAUAAUAAUAAGAGGGUGUUUCUAAUCAAAUGACAAAUGUUAAGAACUUUAAUAAAUUGAAGCGUAAAUUAAAAGCAAUUUAAGGAUUUUAAGGAGGAGAUUAAACAAUACGAUCUUCAAAAAAUAUUGAAAUUCCAUAAGAAGUAGAUUUAGGUAGUACAAAAAAUAAGGUUGUUAUAAGUGGGGCAGGCAUUGUAGUAAUUGAUAUUUUAAAAUUGAAUAAUUUAGAUACAAAAAAAUAUAAUGAACUAAAAUUGAAAAUUGGAUUCUUCAUUAAUGACAUAAUAUUGAAAGAUGAAAAUGAAACAGAUUGUGUGAUGACAUAAAAUUUAAUACCCAAUGAGAUUACUGAUAAAUCUUUAAGAUACAAUUUACAUGCUGAAUUCUCCUUAGAUUAUGCUAAUAUAUUAUCCAUAUUAGAAUAGGAAGGAUUUAGUACUAAAGAUGCCUAUGUUUAUAUUGCUGUAUAUUAGAACAAUGCUUUAUUGGGAUGGUAUGUGGCCUAAUUGUUGAAAGAUACAGAAGAUUCACAAAAAUUAUAAAUUGAAUCAGGAUUGUUUUAAGUAAAUUUAAUCAAACCACCUGGUUAAUAAGCACCAUUUGAUUAUAAAGAUAUGAUUAAGAGCAAUAUUUAAUUAGAUUUUGUAUUGAUGAGCAAAAAUGAAUAACUUAAGAAUUUACCAACUAUUAAUAAAUAUGAGAUUUAGGAAGAGGCUAAAGUUAAAACCGUAGAGAAUCCAGAGUGGAAUACAUAAAUUAUGAUUUAAUUGCUAUAAGCAUAUAAUUUUGUUUCUAAAGAGGAAUUAUAGAUCAGUAUUUCUAUUUAAUUUGAAUAAAAGAUUAUUGAUGAUGUUCUUUAAAGAUAAUGUUAGGUUAAGGAUGAUUUGGACAUAUUUUCAAGUGAUUCAAAAAAUAUUUAUAAUUCUCAUUAUUAUACAACAUUUAGAGUUGGAAAGAAAUAUUUAUAAGAUACAUAUUCUAAAUAUAAUUUAUUGAAUUAUGUUAUAAUAAUACAUUAGAAUAAUUAAUUUUUGGGAAUGGCUUAAUUGAAUGUUUUUAAGAAGUUUUUGAUUUAGAGUGGUGAAUUUCGUUUAAAUUUAUAUACUAUAAACAAUAAGAAGUUAAAUUUUGAGAUAAAAUUAUUAAUAAAAGAGGUAGCAUUACAGCUAGAUAUUUAUGAGAGGACUCCAAGUUAUCGAAUGAGUAAAUCUAAGGGUGGAUAUACUUAAUAAGAGGAGGAUGAAGAAAUAAGAGAGAAAGAUUAGAAAUAGUAAUAAAAUAUAUCUAGAUUUCUACCAAUAACAAUAUAGAUUUAGGAGGUGGAAUUAAAGAAUAGAAAAGUAGUUUUGAAGAUUUUGAAGAAUAAUGAGAUAGUGAAAUAGUAGAAUGAUGAUGAUUGUAUAUAGGAAAUGAUAGUUCCGAAUUCAGCUGUUUUUUAUAUUGAUAUGGAAGAUAUGUUGAAAUGCAAGGAAGGAUAUUUUGUGAUGAUAGAAGUAUAUGAUGAUGUUUUGAUAGGUUGGUUUGGAAUGAAUAUGGUAUUUAAUAAAAAGUUAUAUACAACAAAAUUAUAUACUGAAUUGUAUCGAAGUCCGAGAUUGUCAACACCUUUAGAUCAUAAGUUGAUAAAGAAAUUAAAAGAGAAGAUAGAAUUAUAGAUACAUUAAGGAGAUGUACGAACAGAUAUAAGGAAAUUGAAUUAGAAAUAAAAGACUGGAUUAGAUAUUCAUAUUCAUUCUAUAUCUAAUUUACCUAGUAAUGGAGAUAAUUAAAUAGUGAUUUAAUUGAUAAAUGAUGGUAGAGUGAUAUAGGAUAAAUUAUUAAAACUGUGUUAAAUAAAAUAGAAUAUGAAUAUCGUGAAUGGUUAUAUAAGAGAUUUAAGUUUUAAUUAUAAUUUAAAUAAGGGAGAUGUCCCAAAGAAUAGUUAAUUGGGAAUAUAUAUAAGUUAAUAAGAUUAAGAGUUAAGAUGGUGUAUAAUAUCAUUAUAUAGUUUGGGCAAGUUAAAAGUAGGUAAAGUAGAGAAGAAGAUGUUUAUGGGACCAUUUAAUAAGACAAAUAAAGUAUCAAAUACAGAUAUUUGUUUAGAGAUAGAAUGAGGAAGUAGAG